UUCGAGCAACAUGUAAUUCAGCUAUAAAGUGAAUACCAAUCGCCCUAUCUUCUAAAUUAGUACUUACAUGUAGUCAAACAUUUCUAAUUAGUCCACCCCCUAGCCGUGUAUUUCAAAUGUUGACUACAGCUGCCAGACACAAAUUGUUGACUUGAAAGCAACAAAUAUUAAAUUUGUUCACAUAUGCAAACCUCAUUCUCAAACAGCAAUGGGCAACUUAAAUAAUCGUUUUAGUAAAUUACCAAAACUGCCCGACGAUGUCGAUGAUGGGCUCGAAACACUGGAAGAAUAUCAGAGCCGUUGGCGUUCGGUGCGCGUUAUCUACUUCACAAUGUUCCUGAUGUCGCUUGGUUUCAGUAUUAUAUUGACAGGCAUAUGGCCAUACUUAAAUAAGCUAGAUCCACAUGCUGGCAAAGAGUUCAUGGGUCUUAUCGUGGCCGCCAAUCCUUUGGGACAGAUGAUUUUUAGUCCACUAUUCGGUUGGUGGAGCAAUAAAAUCGGCACCAUCCGCUUACCGUUGCUCUGCUCCAUAGUGCUCUUCACAAUUGCCAGUGGUCUUUAUUCAUCGCUGGAAAUGCGUCCCGAUAAUGUCAAGUACUGGAUGUUGAUCUCACGUUUUCUGAUAGGCGUCAGCUCGUCCAAUAUUGCUGUUUGUCGUUCAUAUCUGUCGGCGGCGACACGUCUCAGCGAACGCACUAAAGCUGUUUCGAUGGUCUCACUCGCGCAGGUGUUGGGUUUCAUUGUUGGCCCGGGCAUGCAAACCGCCGUUACACCGCUGGGCAAUGACGGCUAUUCCCUCCUAUCGGGCUUUUUUGUCUUCAACAUGUACACCGCUUGCGGCUGGAUAAAUGUGAUUAUGAGCAUUGGGAAUUUUAUUAUGUUUCUGCCGGGAUUAUUUGAGGAACAUAAGAUCGCAGCACGUGAAAUUAUGAUAAAGCAGGGCAAAAGCUCGGAGCGUGAAACGUGGAAAGCCAUCAAACCGGAUUAUGUCUCAGCGUGGACAUUGAUUAUGGCAUUCUUUGUGUUGGUCUUCAAUUUUGUGCUGCUCGAAACUCUCGGAACUUCGCUCACUAUGGAUCAAUUUGCAUGGAGUAAUCAUGAGGCGCUCUACUAUAUGGGCAUUCUUAUGUCAGUUGGCGCCGUUGUUUCACUUGUCACGUUCGUUGCCAUAAAUCCGCUUUGUAAAAUGUUCCCCGAACACUACGUACUCAUCUGGGGUGGCUUCUCGCUGAUGGUACUCGGUCGAGUGCUCUACAUACCCUGGGGUGAUUCACCACCCACCAUCGCUGAAGUUUACAAUGUGACAAUACCGUUGACGGGCAACGCUACAAUAGAUCUCAGCCCGGAUGAUGAAAUUUUCCUAGGUUGCCCCUCAACACAGCCGUGGUGUGAACGUACACCAGCACUAACGCUUACACAAUUUAUAAUCGGUUAUGCUUUUACAUCGAUUGGCUAUCCGAUUGGUGUGACAUUAAUACAGACGAUAUUCUCUAAGGUGUUGGGACCACGACCGCAAGGUGUUUGGAUGGGUCUGAUGACCGGUGCGGGUUGUUUAUCGCGCGUGCUGGGGCCUGUUUUUGUGGGUGUGAUUUACACACGGUAUGGUACUUAUUGGACGUUUGGUAUAACGUCGGUAAUGAUGUUGGUGGCGAUGAUAUGGCUGCUGCUAUCAAAAAAACGUUUAAUACCACCGAGUUUCGACAAUCCAUUGGCAGGCGCUGAAAUGCAAACUUUAAGUACAAAUAAAAUGCCACUCCCGCCUGUUGAAGGAGAGUACAAAAUUGUGGCACAAAGUAGUGAAGAAGCACCUGCGCUGUCAGAGAGGGAUGAUGAUUUGGACACUGCACUAAAUACCGCACUUUGUUCGAACAAAAACAACAUCACAAUAGUUGUGGCUGAAAAGUGAUACCUCUGAGGAGCAAGGGAUAUUUUUUUCUGCUGCCACUCAAACUGCGGCUACUUAGUAAUCACUAAGUUUAAACGCCCGAUCUGACUGGUUUAAACUAAGAUCAGCCAAUCAAAUGUCAGCCAGCUGUUAAAUUGAAACUCAGUUCACUUAAUCUAAGUUUAAAUUGGCACUGAAAAACUGGGCCUUAGGAUUUAGUUUUUGGUAUACAGGGCGUAGAUGCAUAUGAAGUAAAGAAAAGACUAAAUACGUGCUUCGUUAUACAUAUAAGUAUAUUUAAUAUUAAAAUUAUUGAGUUGUUUCAACAAAAGUUUGCUAUAUUUUAUUAUGGAAAUAUAUUGCCAUUACUUAGUUACUUCACAAAAAAUUCGUUUUAUACAUAUUAUGUAUUGGGCUUAUACUUGUAAAUACUUACUAUAUACAGAUAAAAAUUAUUCUUAUAAAUAAUUUUUAUAUUUUAAAUAAUGCAGUUUGGUAGCAUAUUUAAAUACAUAUUUAAAAUUCAAAAUGUUUUAAAAGAUGUUGAGAAAAAAUAUAAAAGCAAAAGUUGUUGCGCUUAUUUUAACAGGCAGUUUUCAGUGGUCUAUAAACGGUGUUCACAUGAGGCGAUUUUCCAGGGAUUUUAGAGGCCCCCUAAACUUCAUUGGAAGCGAUGAAAGACCGUUCACACCAGACGAUUGUUGCUUUCAACUAUAAGUUGCCUGCAAAAUCGCCUCAUGUGAAUACCGUAAUAGUUUGUGAAAGCCGCUACAUGGGAAACUGAUUACCUAGUUUUAAGUUCAUUAGAAAGAAGAGAAAAGAAAGAAAAAAAGGACAUUUCAACUAUUUAUUUUAUGGAGAGAACAUCGCUCGGUUCUCGUGGGUCCUCGUUUUCGGUUUAGGUUGACGGACCAUUUUCUCGCUCUUUCAUUUUUAUAGUUAAGUUUAGAAAUGGUUUGGAAAUCCUCUUUUCAACUAAGGCUCUUAGGUUUUCUCAGCUUAUAUAGCGUUAUAGGUAUACAUUAAUCUAAGAAUAUGAGCGUACAUAAAAAAAAAAUGUGA